UUAAGACUGACAACAUUACAAAGUGACCAAAGUAAGACAACAACCUCUCUACAAAAUCCCAACAAACACUCUUUCCUAUGAACAAUCCCAUAAUAAAACACCCUCUCAGCAGCUUCUCUUCUACAAAAACAAUUAAAACAGUCCCAUUAAAGAACAAAAACCAUUAACAAAAGAGAGAGAAAAUGUUGAAUCUUUAGGAAAAAUGGAUGAUGACUGUUAAGAAAAAUUGAAUCUUGAAUGGCAGGAGAGAGAGAGUAGUUAAGGAGGGAAAUGAGAAAGCAAAGACAAAAUUUUGCUUCAUUUGAAAGCUUUCCCUUGUUGUUACGUAUCUCUAUUUACCGGUCAAUACAUACAUAUCAUUUAAUAACUACUCAUUUCUUUCUUUCUUUCUUUUGUGAAAGACUCUUCCAUUUCUUUUCCAUUCUUUCUUUGGCUUAUUUCUCUUUCAGUCUUUCUCCUACUUUACUUUCUUUAAUUUCAAGAAUUUAAAGCACAGAAAGUGCCCAUUUAAUUAACCAAAAUAGAAACACAUAUUACUAGUAGCUCAAGGGACAUAUCAUUGUUUAUUUCUAUCAUUAGGACACACUAACUGAGAGACCAGGUUACUGUUUGUAUUAUUUGUCUUUUUGAAGGUCUUUCACUUGUACUUCGAUUUCAAUAACUGGGUUCAGAAUAGAUGGUGUCACAUUGCAGAGAUUGUAAUUUGAUGCAUUUUUGGGCCAUAUAAAUUGUCAUCGAUCUGCCAUGGCAAAGAAAUCGCCUAAGAGCGAUAUGACACAGACCUCUAUGUCUAAGAGCCCUUUGCCAAAGAGUCCUGUGGUAAAGACCUCCAUCUCUAAAAGCUCUAUGCCAAAGAGUCCCAUGCAAAAGAGCCCUAUGCCAAAUAGUCCUAUGCAAAAGAGUCCAAUCUAUGAAAAAUACAAGUCAAGAUGUGCGUAUGGUUUCUUUAAUUUUCUGCGUCGACGUUCAAAGAAAUUGAUUGCUGAUGCUGAUAGGAGAAGAAUAAGUAGACAUGCUCUUGGUGAUGGAUGCGUAAAGAGUGGGCUCAAUUUACAUUCAGAUCAAUGCAUUGAUGAUGAAGUAGAGGAGAAGAGUUUAGCAGUUGAUUCUGGUAAUUUAAAGAAAAACAAAAUCAAAGGAGAAGAUGUGUCCAUUAAGCAGCAGAUGAAGAAGAAGAUUACAACAGCUAAAGUGGAAUAUGUACAAUCUACUUCUGAACUUGUUCAUGACCUAUCAAGGAACCAAAGAAAAGCAACCAAGACUGCUCGGAAGGCUCGUCGCUUACCUAUUUAUGGUUGUUAUGAUGUAUCAACUGUAGGGAAUAUAAAUUCUACUGAUCAAAGUUUGGCUGAUAGAUCUUCGAAAUCAUUAGACUCUGCCGUGACAGCCGAAGUGCUCCCCAACCAAGUGAGUGCUAAAAAUGAAGGCGAUGGCAUUUGUAGAAGUACCAAUACUGUGCAGUGUGACCAAUUUAAUGAGAUAAAUCUUCAAGUCAACAUGAGCAAGGCAACUGAGGCAUUUAUAAACCAGAAGUUGAUUGAUGGAAAACAUCUUUGUGGAGGUGGGGUGUCACACCAGUCUAAACACUUCUUGGAUGCAUUAGAGAUACUAAAUUCUAACAAGGACUUAUUUAUAAAACUCCUACAAGACCCCAAUUCUUUGUUGGUGAAACACAUUGAAGACUUGAGAGACUGUCAGGUGAAAGAUCAGCAGAGCGAGCCUUUCGCCAAAGCUGUACCAGAACAUCAGACAAUUAAUGCAAGAGAAAGUAAUUUGUCCAAGACCAAGGAAAUCAGUGUUCACCAGCCAUUCGAGAAUAUAGUUGUUUUGAGGCCUAAUAGAAUCAGUCAUGACUCACAGAUUCAUUGUAGCUUAAGGAAUGUACAGCAGAGUGUUAAACCAGCAUUUUUUCCCUUUGAACAAAUAAAAAGAAAGUUGAUGCAAACUAUUGGGAUCCGCAGAAAAGAAAAGCAAUUGAUGCUGACUGAUGGAGCAGUGCAUCACAAGUCUACCCAUGAUUCGGGCUUUGACGGAUGUGGCAAAAGAACAGGCGUCAAGAUUUUUACAACAAACUCACCUUAUAAGGCCUCAUAUGAUUUUGGAGGAAUCACUACAUCAUCCACGACUAUCAAGAGAAAAGACCGGAUGAACAAGGUUAAUGAAUUUGAUCCAGGUAUUAGCGAAGAAGCUGCUUCUGCCAAUGAAAGUGGUCAUGAAAAGACAUGUUUGUCAACCUUAAGGCAUCCAGAGAGAAACAAACAUGAUGAGAAUGUUAAGUCUAGGAUAAAUAUCUCCGAGUUAAGAAAUGGAAAUAAAAACUUUUUGAAAAAGCAGAGAGCGAAAUCCGGGGAUGCAAUAAGCUCAGUUCGUGAAUAUGACUUCUUUCCUACUGUCAGUUCUAGAGGGACAAGGGAACAUGACUCUGUCUCCCCACAGAUGAGAUUUUCUGCCCAUAGCAGUCACCCAACGGGAGAUGAUAGCAAUCGGAUGAAUCAGAAAGAAUAUAAAAAGAGUUGCUUAAGUCCACCGAGGCAGAAUCAAGAGGCUCCACCAUGGGCUGUUAACAAGAAGCAAUUGCAGACGUAUGAGAAAAUCUCAGACAACAUUCUUUAUGAUGUGCAAGAGCACAUAGACAUUUCUUCUUCGAAUAAUGAUUUGACUGAAAUAGAAACGAAGUACAUUGAAAAUUCCAAAGAAAUUAGUUCUUCAGUUGUGGUCUCCAAACCGGAUGGCUCAUGUAAUGAUGAUGUCAAUCAAAGCACAGAGGCAUUGGAUGCAUGUGAAAGAAAUAUACCUUUGGUCUUUUCAAGAAUGGAUUCACCUGUGGAGAAUCAGACAUCAACAAUUCCAGUAGAUGAUUAUUCAUCAAGCCCUUUAAACAGUUGGAGUGUUGGAGAAUUUGACAGGAUUAAAGACAAUGUGGAGCAGCCAAGUCCAGUAUCAGUGCUUGACCAGUUUUACACAGAAGAUAUGAACAGUCCUUUAAAUGUUGACUUCCAACCUGUUCUACCAUCAGUUCGGCUGCUGCAUAUUGGUAUUGAGGAAGGCUGCUUAGCUGGUAUUCGGUUCCCAUUGGAUGUGAAGAUCAAUUCAAGUUCUUCAACUGAGGACUAUGGAUCCGUUAUCAAGUAUGUAACUGCAGUAUUGCAAGCUUGUUGCUUGGAAUGGGAUGAGCUCAUGCGCAAAUUCCAUUUCUCAGACCAACUCCUCAAUCAAUCCUUAUUGGAUGACUUGGACGUGUGGCCUAACCAAUCUCGUGGUGACAGUAGACUCCUGUUUGACUAUAUUAAUGAAGUCAUUGUAGAUGUAUGCCAAUGCUAUCUAAGAUGUUCCCCUUGGUUGUCAUUUAUCAAGCCAAGAAUUCUAUCAAAAAUAAUUACAGGAAGCGUGCUUCAUGAAGUGAUGAAAAAUGUUGAUUGGAACCUCCUCUCAGCACCACCUUUGCAGACAUUAGAGAAAACUAUUGAAAAGGACGGAACAUGGAUGGAUAUCCGAAUUGAUGCUGAAGAUAUUGUUAGGGAGAUGGUAGAUAGUCUUGUUGAAGAAUUGACAAUAGAAAUUGCAAUAGAGUAACCAAUCAGAAAUAUAAUCUGUUUCACAUUUGUACUCCCUCUUAAUAAGUGGUGGGAAUCAGCUGGAGCAGAGGUAAUAUUAUGUAUUUGACAUCUUAUAUCUUAUACCGAUGUGAGUAUAUAUUUGCUGAUGGUUUGGAGAUUUUAGGGUAGUGCCAUUAGAGAUUUAUAGUGCAGGUUAACAAACAGACUGUUAGUUCACACGAUUAAAAUUUCCCUUUAUAUUAUAGGUUCUAUAAACAUUGCAAGA